ACAUGAGGCUGGAAAUCCAAGAAGAGGGAAACGUGUGGUCAGAGUUUCAAGGAGAGUGACUGCCUCAGCGCCGAGUGCCUCAGUGGCUUCUCCACAUCCCCCUGAGUCCCUGAGUCCCUGAAGCUGGAGAAUCCCAUCAAGGAGAGGAGCCCUAUGAGGAAUUCACAUUCUGGGUGUUUUUCACGUCUGACAGAGCCCAGGAACCAUGAAUUCGAGUGAAUUCCGCAGGAGAGGGAAGGAGAUGGUGGAUUAUGUGGCCAACUACCUGGAAGGCAUUGAGGGACGCCAGGUCUACCCUGAUGUGGAGCCUGGCUACCUGCGGCCGCUGAUCCCUGCUGCUGCCCCCCAGGAGCCAGACACCUUCGAGGACAUCAUUAACGACAUUGAGAAGAUAAUCAUGCCAGGGGUGACGCACUGGCACAGCCCCUACUUCUUCGCCUACUUCCCCACAGCCAGCUCGUACCCGGCCAUGCUUGCAGACAUGCUGUGUGGGGCCAUCGGCUGUAUUGGCUUCUCCUGGGCCGCAAGCCCAGCAUGUACAGAACUGGAGACUGUGAUGAUGGACUGGCUUGGGAAGAUGCUGGAGCUACCAGAGGCCUUUUUGGCUGUGAAAGCCGGAGAAGGGGGAGGAGUGAUCCAGGGAAGUGCCAGCGAAGCCACCCUGAUGGCCCUGCUGGCUGCUCGGACCAAAGUGAUCCAUCGGCUACAGGCAGAGUCCCCAGAGCUGACACAGGCUGCCAUCAUGGAGAACCUGGUGGCUUACUCAUCCGAUCAGGCACACUCCUCAGUGGAAAGAGCUGGGUUAAUUGGUGGAGUGAAGUUAAAAGCCAUCCCCUCAGAUGGCAACUUUGCCAUGCGUGGGUCUGCCCUGCAGGAAGCCCUGGAGAGAGACAAGGCGGCUGGCCUGAUUCCAUUCUUUGUGGCUGCCACCCUGGGGACCACAACGUGCUGCUCCUUUGACAAUCUCUUGGAAGUAGGUCCUAUCUGCAACAAGGAAGACUUGUGGCUGCACAUCGAUGCGGCCUAUGCAGGCAGCGCGUUCAUCUGCCCUGAGUUCCGGCACCUUCUGAAUGGAGUGGAGUUUGCAGAUUCAUUCAACUUUAAUCCCCACAAAUGGCUGUUGGUGAAUUUUGACUGCUCUGCCAUGUGGGUGAAAAAGAGAGCAGACUUAGCAAAUGCCUUUAGACUGGAUCCCACUUACCUGAAGCACAGCCAUCAGGAUUCAGGAUUUAUCACUGACUACCGGCACUGGCAGAUACCACUGGGCCGAAGAUUUCGCUCUUUGAAAAUGUGGUUUGUAUUUAGGAUGUACGGGGUCAAAGGACUGCAGGCUUAUAUCCGCAAGCACGUCCAGCUGUCCCAUGAGUUUGAGUCCCUGGUGCGCCAGGAUCCCCGCUUUGAAAUCUGUGCGGAAGUCACUCUGGGGCUUGUCUGCUUUCGGCUAAAGGGUUCCAACAAAGUGAAUGAAGCUCUUCUGCAAAGAAUAAACAAUGCCAAAAAAAUCCACUUGGUUCCAUGUCAUCUCAGGGACAAGUUUGUCCUGCGCUUUGCCAUCUGCUCUCGCACCGUGGAAUCUGUUCACGUGCAGGUGGCCUGGGAGCACAUCAAAGAGAUGGCGGCCGACGUUCUGCAAGCGGAGAGAAAGUAGAAGCGAAGCCAGCUGCAGGAAUCAAAGUUUAAGAGAGAUAUAUCUGAAAACUAGAAGAAGAAGAAAAUAAAUAACAUCCUGGCUUCAUGGAACUGAGUCUGUCUGUGGCUUCCUGUGGCUUUCUCCAAAGUCAUCCAGAGGCUGGUGAUUUUGUCUGCUUAGUGUCUCAUCAAUGAAGACAUAUUAUUUGCUAUAUAAAAAGUCAAUCUUAGAGGCUAUAGCUUUUAUUCAUUAUUUGGCUGUGAUUUUUGUUGAUUAAAACAUUAUAGAUUGUCAUGUUCUUGCAGCCAUCAGAAGUGGCAUGAAAGCCUCACUGAUAUGUUUUCCAAGGCAAUCUAUGUUCUUGCAACUUGAAAUUAUAUCUGUGGUCUUUAAAUUGUCUUUUGUCAUGUGGCUAAAUGCUUAAUAAACAAUUCAAGUGAAAUGCUAA